CCGGACGCGUACAAGAAGUCAUAUGAUUGAGCAGGAACUCAUUGAGCAAUAUGCGUGCGCUAACGCUGUUAUUAACGAUUACCGUUUGUAAUGGUUGGCUGUUUGAUCAUUUUGGAGAGAGAUAUCGGGAGACUGAUGACGUCUCGCUUUGGCCGCUGCCACAGAAAUAUCAGACGACCCCGACUGCAUUCAAACUCAGCGCUUCGAGUUUUCAAAUCGUUCACGCUAAAGAUUCGUCCGCGGGACCGAGCUGCAGCCUGCUCCAAAAUGCCUUCCGCAGAUACUUCAGUUACAUGUUUGACUAUGUGAAGAAACAUGGCAUGAACCAAGAUAAAGGUUUGGACUCCGAGCUGUCUGAGCUUCAGGUGCAGAUCACAUCCACAGACCCGGAGUGCGAUGGUUAUCCGAGUCUAAAAACAGAUGAAUCCUAUCAGCUUUUGGUGGACCAACCUGCAGCUGUUCUUAAGGCCGCAAAUGUAUGGGGCGCAUUGAGAGGACUUGAGACCUUCAGCCAGCUGGUGUAUGAAGAUAAUUAUGGAGCUAUUACUAUCAACAAGACAGACGUAUCUGACUUUCCUCGCUUCGCUCAUCGAGGCAUCCUGCUGGACUCAUCUCGUCACUUCCUGCCACUCAAAGUCAUUUUGGCCAAUUUGGAAGCCAUGGCGAUGAACAAGUUUAACGUUUUCCACUGGCACAUUGUGGACGAUCACUCCUUCCCCUUCUUGAGUCGGACUUUCCCUGACCUCAGUCAAAGAGGAGCCUAUCACCCUUACACACACGUGUACACACCGGCUGAUGUGAAAAUGGUGAUUGAGUUUGCUCGUAUGCGAGGCAUUCGAGUCAUUGCCGAGUUUGACACUCCAGGCCACACCCAGUCAUGGGGAAAAGGUCAGGCUGGUCUUUUGACCUCAUGCUACUCGGGCAGCACUCCUUCAGGUUCCUUUGGUCCUGUGAACCCCAUCCUCAAUUCCACAUACGACUUCAUGGCCCGCUUUUUCAAAGAAGUCAGCACUGUUUUCCCUGAUGCCUACAUCCACCUUGGGGGAGAUGAGGUUGAUUUCUCCUGCUGGAGGUCAAACCCUGAUAUUCAGAAAUUUAUGGAGCAGCAAGGCUUUGGCCAAGACUACAGCAAACUGGAGUCCUACUAUAUUCAAAGGCUCCUUGACAUUGUAAAAGCCACCAAUAAGGGCUACAUGGUCUGGCAGGAGGUCUUUGACAAUGGUGUUAAGCUGAAAGCUGACACAGUGGUGGAGGUUUGGAUAAACAACAAGUUGGAUCAGGAGCUUCUGAAUGUGACUGGGGCAGGUUUCAACACCAUUCUGUCUGCCCCCUGGUACCUGGACUACAUUAGUUAUGGACAGGAUUGGCAGAAGUACUACAAGGUCGAGCCGCUCAGUUUCGAUGGCACAGCAGAGCAGAAGAAGCUUGUAAUUGGAGGGGAGGCAUGUCUCUGGGGAGAGUAUGUGGAUGCUACCAACCUUACGCCUCGCCUAUGGCCACGGGCCAGUGCAGUAGCUGAAAGGUUGUGGAGUGAUGAAAAUGUGAAAGAUGUCAACAAUGCCUACACUCGUCUGGUCAAACAUCGCUGCCGCAUGCUCAGGAGAGGCAUCCCUGCAGAGCCUCUGUUUGUGGGUUACUGUCCACAUGAAUACGACGGCCUGUGAGCUCCGGAAGACGUUUAACAUUUCCGCAAAUAGGAACAUGCUGAUCAGGAAUAUCCAUUCAAUCAUUUUCUUUCUACAUGCACUUAGACAAUUUAACAGCUUUCAUUGUUGACACUGUUAACAUAGCAGAUGAAUUAUCACUUUUUUUUCCUUGUUUUAAUUUGGGGAUUAUAUGCUAAAAUUUUAAUGGAUCAUAUUCUGUGAAAUAGGUUUUAUGAAACUGAAGACUUGCCAUAUUGAUUUGUAACUGCUUUGAAUAAUUUUUGGUGUGAGACUUGAGAAUUUAAGUGUUAAAUAUUUUAAUGUGUACAUUUUUUUUUAUAAUUGACUCAAUGACAUUAAGGUGAAAAGUAUCUUCUGUAAAAUUAAUAAAUAAAUGUUCAUAAAGGAAAA